AUGUCUCUGCUGCUGGCCUCCCUGCUGCUUCUCCUCCUCUCCACCCACAGCGCCCUGGCCCUGAGGAUCUGCUCCUUUAAUGUGAGGUCCUUUGGGGAAUCCAAGAAGGCAAACUGUGAUGCCAUGGAUGUCAUUGUGAAGGUCAUCAAACGCUGUGACAUCAUACUCCUGAUGGAAAUCAAGGACAGCAACAACAUAAUCUGUCCCACACUGAUGGAGAGACUGAACGGAAAUUCAAGAAGAGGCAAAACAUAUAACUAUGUGAUUAGCUCUCGUCUUGGAAGAAACACAUACAAAGAACAGUAUGCCUUUCUCUAUAAGGAAAAGCUAGUGUCUGUGAAAGCAAGCUACCUCUACCAUGACUAUCAGGCUGGCGAUGCAGAUGUAUUUUCCAGGGAACCCUUUGUGGUCUGGUUCCAGUCACCCUACACCGCUGUCAAGGACUUCGUGAUUGUUCCCCUGCACACCACCCCUGAGACAUCCGUUAAAGAGAUUGAUGAGCUGGCUGAUGUCUAUACGGAUGUGAAACGUCGCUGGAAGGCGGAGAAUUUCAUUUUCAUGGGUGACUUCAAUGCCGGCUGCAGCUACGUCCCCAAGAAGGCCUGGAAGAACAUCCGCCUGAGGACCGACCCCAAGUUCAUUUGGCUGAUCGGAGACCAAGAGGAUACCACGAUCAAGAAGAGCACAAACUGUGCCUAUGACAGGAUCGUGCUUAGAGGACAAGAGGUCGUCACCUCUGUUGUUCCUCAAUCAAGCAGCAUCUUUGACUUCCAGAAAGCUUACAGGUUGACCGAACAGAAGGCCCUGGAUGUCAGCGACCACUUUCCAGUUGAAUUUAAACUUCAGUCUUCAAGGGCCUUCACCAACAGCAAAGGAUCUGUCUCUCCAAAGAAGAAAAAAAAGACCAGUCGUGCCUAG